AUGAUGGUAAUUAGUAGAAAUAAUAUAAAUAAUAAUUAUUAUUUAUUAUAUUAUAUAUUAAUAUUAUUAAAGAGUAUUUUUAUAAUAAUAAAGUUUAAAAUAAAAAAAAAUUUUAAUAAUUAUUUAUUUAUAAUUUAUAUUAAAUUAUUAUUUUUAUAUUUAAAAUUAUAUUAUUUUAUAAAUAUUUUUAAUAGUUAUUUUUAUAUUAAUAUUUAUUAUAAUUUGAAUUAUAUUUAUUUUUAUAUUUAUAAAUAUAAUAAUAAUAUAAAAAGUAAAUAUAAUAUUUUAAAUAAUAAUAUUAUAGAAAAAAUUAUUGAAAUAAAAAAAAUUUCUUAUACUAUAAAAAAAGGAAGAAUUAAUAGGUAUAAAGUUAUAUUAUUAAUAGGAAAUAAACAAGGUUGGAUAGGUGUAGGUGUAGGUAAAAAUAUUAAUGUAAAUAAAGCUAUUAUAUUAUCUAGAAAUAAAGCUUUGAAUAAUAUUUAUUAUUUUAAAUAUUCUUUAUUGAAUAUAUAUAAAUUAAAAUAUAUUUAUAUUAAUUUUAAUAAGUUAUGUAUAAAAAUUCAAUUUAAUAUUUAUAAUUAUGUUGAUAUUAGGUUUUUAUUAUUAAAAUAUUUAUUAGAAUGUUUAGGAUAUUUAAAUUGUAAAAUUAUUAUAUAUUAUAAUAUUAUGUUAAAUAAAUAUAAUUUGUUAAAUAAAAUAUUAUUAAUAUUAUUUAAUAUUUUUUAA